AGUUUAUCAAUGACAUUCGAUGUUAUUAGAUAUUGAGUUAAUAAAAUUCAAUUAAAUAAUAACAUUUAGUGAAAAAAGACCCCAGCUAAUUAUCAUUAUUAUAUCAUUGAAAUAUUUUAUUUGUGUAUCAAUUCAUUACGGAUUAAUAUAAAACAAUAGAAAAUGUGUACUGUUGUAUUGAGGCUUACAUUAUUAUUGAUUAAUUCCUUAGUUGGACUAUCAGCAUUAAUAGUUUCAUCGUUUGGUGCAAUUUUAACUUGGGGCAAAGAUACUAUAACAAAAGAAUUGGAUGAUGUAAUUGGUCCAAUGAUUAAGAAAAUGUAUGGUGAAGAAAUAGCGCAAGAUUUCACAGAUAUGGCAUCUGGUAUCUUACAAUUAACAAGUCCAUUCGGUUUCCUUUUAUUCAUAUUAGGAUUAGUUUCCUUGGCAAUUUGUUUAUUUGGUUUCUGUGGAGCAUGUUGUAAGAGUAUUCUUUGCCUUAAAGUGUACAUUGCAUUACUUUUGGUACUGGUCAUUAUUGAGAUUACUGCAAUGAGUUUUUACUACACCGAUCGUGAAUCAAUAUUCAAGUUAGCUAGAAAAAUUGCUCAUAACUCUCUGAGAAAUUAUCGUUCAAUUGGUUCUAAUAAUACUGAUAGUAUAAUAUAUUCAGUUAUUAUGCCAACUCUAAAUUGUUGUGGAUUAUUGAAUGGAUCUGAUUUUGAUGAUUCACCUAAUUUUCAAAGAAAGGUACUUUUUAAUGAACAAAAUUUAGAUUUGAAAUAUCCUAUUCCAUGUUGUAAAAUGGACGCUAAAUUUGUCGUUCUUGAUCCAACAUGUCCGGGAGAAUUUAACAUUAAGAAUUCAAAUAUUCAUGAAGGUUGUUGGGUGAAACUACGACAGAUAAUUGGCUUCUAUGGUGGAAUGAUUGUGAUUUGUGGAUUAGUUGUAAUUUUAUUCCAACUUCUAUUGAUUAUCGGAACAACAGUGAUACUAACCACUGGUUAUCCUUAAAAGAGUAAAGUCAAGGAAGUAUCGAUUAUUUCAUUAUUCAAAAUGAAAUAUAAUUUUCAAACAUGUAACGAGAAAAAGAGGAGUAUACUUGUAUAAUUCAAUUAUUGACUAUAUUUGUUACUUUCUUAAGAAAAAAAAAGGUGAUUCAAUAAUUUAUAACACAUUCUCCUCGUGAGGGAGCAUAGGUCGCUCACCAGCAUUCUCCAUCCAACACUGUCCUGAGCAAUCCUUUUCAGCCCUUUACAGUUGUUAUUCAUCCUUUUCAUAUCUGCUUCUAUUUCCCAACGUAAUGUGUUCCUUGGCCAUCAUUUUUUCCACUUCCCUUCAGGAUUCCAAGUUAUAGCUUGUCUCGUGAUGCAGUUUGAUAAUUUGCGUAAUAAAUGUCCUAUCCAUUUCCAUCGUCUUUUUCUAAUUUCCUCUUCAACUGGAAGCUGGUUUGUUCCAGCAUAGUGAUAAGUAAAUGUUAUUGAUUUUUGUAGUGAUGACCAUUUCAAAUAUAAGUCAAAAUU